CUUGACCCGAAGCUAUCGCAGCAACUGAGCUCACUCACCUCACUCCCUCUUGAGUUUCUCUCGCUAACCCCGCGCAAACGCGUUCAGCCGAUCCCAUGGCUCCCCGGAUAGAAUUCAACGUCGAGCAGAUUCGCAACAAGGCGAGAAAGGAUCUGUUGUAUCUCCUCGAAGGCGUACGUUCCCACCGCCUUGCCCCGCCAGCUUCACUCAAGCCGAUAGCUAUCUGAUUCAUGCAUCCAGCGAACUCAACUCACACCGUACUUCUAUGUAGGUUCGCGGGAAGAAGAAUGUCGUUCUAGACCAAAGCCUCGUCGGCCCAAUCGGGACUAUAGUCAAAGUUGCCGUCCUUCAAGAAUAUGGAGUAGAUAAGUUCUUCAUUCUAGAGAAUGACAAUGCCGAUACCAGCCAGCGCAAUGUCGUCUUUAUUUCUCGUGGCGAAUGCGGCCGCCAUGCUGAAGCUAUAGCUGCUCAAAUUAAGCGUAUUCAGCGCGAAAGCCAAACCGGGCACGACUUUCACAUAUUCUGGGUCCCUCGCAGAACCCUCGUCUCCGACAAGCUUCUAGAAGAGGCCGGUGUAUUAGGCGAUGUCAACAUUGCGGAAUUGCCGCUAUCAUUCUUCCCUCUGGAGAAGGAUGUUCUGUCCCUCGAGCUCGACGACUCAUUCCGCAACCUGUACCUAUCCAAAGACGUUACACCCAACUUCCUUAUGGCCAAAGCCCUUAUGGAGAUUCAAAGAAACCAUGGCCUAUUCCCGCGAGUGAUAGGGAAGGGUGAUAACGCAAAGCGCGUUGCUGACUUGCUUUCUCGCAUGCGCCAGGAGCUUCUUGCUGGUGAAGAUACGUCAGAAGCCAACAAGAUUGGGUUGACGCCUAGCACAACCAAUGAGAGCGUAAUUAUCAUCGAUCGCGAAGUUGACUUUGUUACACCCUUGCUCACUCAACUGACAUACGAGGGACUCAUUGAUGAAGUCUUCGAGAUCCACAACAAUCAGACCAAAGUCGACACAACAGUUGUCGGUGCACCGGCACAGGCCUCGGCUGCAACUUCACAAAGCCGGAAACGAACGAUCCAGUUGGACUCGAGCGACAAGCUUUAUGAACAAUUACGUGACGCCAACUUUGCGAUCGUUGGAAGCCUCCUCAACAAAGUUGCGAGGCGGCUGCAGAAGGUGCAAAGCGAUUACGAAAGUAAACACAAAACAAAGACUAUUGCGGAACUCAAAGACUUUGUCAGUCAAUUGCCAGGAUACCAACAAGAACAGCAGAGUGCGAGAAUACACACAGGCCUCGCGGAGGAGAUCAUUAAACAUACCCGGACAGACCAGUUCAAGGGUCUUUUGGAGGUUCAGCAAAAUCUCGCUGCUGGGGCUGAUCCGUCAAGCCAGUUCGAUGGCAUCGAAGAAUUAAUAGCGCGAGACGCUCCUAUUGCGCAAACUCUAAGAUUACUGUGUAUCUACUCGUGCAUAUCUGGGGGCAUAAGACCUAAGGAAUUUGAUGAAUUCAGGCGACUCAUUCUGGAAGGCUACGGCUACCAGCAUCUCCUCACGCUUAGCAACCUAGAGAAACUACAGCUCUUUCUGUCCAAGUCGUCACCUCUGGCUGGAAUGAUCCCCAUCCCAGGCAACAACGCCGGCCCAACGGGAAGCAAGACGAAUUAUACGUAUCUUCGCAAGCAGCUUCGGCUCAUCGUUGAUGAGGUUCAAGAGGACGAUCCAAACGAUAUAUCCUAUGUGUACAGUGGCUAUGCUCCUCUUUCGAUUCGCCUCGUUCAAUGCAUUCUGCAGAAGCAAUAUCUGCUUUCGGUGACUAAGGGAAACAGCGCCAACGCAGCGGGAGCGCCCCCAGGCGUCGGCACGCAAGGAUGGCAAGGGUUCGAUGAAGCUGUCAAACACGUUCGUGGGCAGACGUUUUAUGAGCACCAGAAGGGUGAGGAUAAGGCUGUCAAAGCGCGGGCAUUGCUCUCUGGAAGUGGCAACAAGCAGACUGUCUUUGUUGUGUUCGUCGGCGGCAUCACUUUCACCGAGAUUGCUGCUUUAAGGUUUAUUGCAAAGCAGGAAGAAGGUAAGCACUCUCACAGCCGCCAGGGUUGCUCUGAAACGGAAUCUGACAUUGCCCCGACAGGACGGAGAAAUAUUGUAAUUUGCACAACGUCAAUCAUCAACGGAAACAAAAUGAUGGAAUCCGCGAUCGAAAAAGAAUCGUUUGCGAAGGAGAGUGUACCCGUUUCAACGACCUGACAUCCAAUGUCAGCAUAUGUAUGAUACCUAGAAUAUUGUCAAGUACUGGUUACCUGGUUUGGCGCAUUUCGAUGGCGUAUGGAUGAUUUGAGCAAGAUACGGAGUACAUAAAUAAGUUACGGCGUGCAAGCACAGAGCUAAUUCUUUGAUAGAUUGUUUCAGACCCUAACAACAUGAUGGUGAAUACCUUAAAAAUGAAGCUCAUUAAUACAAGUUAAGA